AUGGCUCGUACAAAGCAAACCGCUCGUAAAUCAACUGGUGGAAAGGCACCAAGAAAGACCUUGGCAACGAAAGCUGCUCGUAAGAGUGCCCCAGCUACCGGUGGCGUGAAGAAACCUCACAGAUACAGGCCAGGAACUGUCGCCCUGCGAGAAAUCCGUCGUUAUCAGAAAUCCACCGAGCUUCUGAUCCGCAAACUGCCUUUCCAACGUUUGGUUCGUGAGAUUGCUCAAGAUUUCAAGACCGACCUUCGUUUCCAAAGUUCAGCUGUGAUGGCUUUACAAGAAGCAAGCGAAGCUUACCUUGUUGGUCUGUUUGAAGACACGAACUUGUGUGCUAUCCACGCCAAGCGAGUGACCAUCAUGCCCAAAGACAUCCAGCUGGCACGACGAAUCCGUGGUGAACGAGCUUAAAUCAAGUCCUAAAGACAACCAAAAAAAACCGGCUCUUCUAAGAGCCACCAAAUUUACAAAAGAAUAAAAUCGAUAUCUAGAUAUGAACACUUGAAUACAACCCCAUAUUCGUAUACAUUUAAAGUCAAAUUUGCACACUAGGCCCACUAGCAAGCAAGGUUGUAUAACUUACUCGCAGGAACAAAUGUGAGUUUAAAAAAUGGCAGAGUUUGUACAUGUUAAAAUUUUACAGUAAAAAUCCAGGAUUUUCUUUUAAAUAGGGGUAUUUAAAAUUUGAGGAGGUCUUGCAUUCUGACAAUAAUGGAUAGUUACCAGAUCAAAAUCACAAAGCUAUGAAUAGGCAUGUAGUAAAACACUGACUACCGGAACACCACCGGAACACCACCUAACCCCCAACCCCAAACCCUAACCCCAAACAAAAUGGUGGUGUUCCGGUGUUCCGGUGGUGUUCUGGUAGUCAGUGUUUUACUACAUGCCGCUAUGAAUAUGUUAAUUUCACCAUACUUUUACAAGUAAAAUCCCACUUUUAUAAUAGUAUUGCCAAUCCACCAUUCAGUCAAAAUAUGUACCCCAUUGAGAGCCCACACUCCCCUUCACAAGUAAAAUUGUAUGAUGUAAAAAUAAAUGAUGCAUGGUGAAUUUGUAUGUUUUGUAUGAGCACAACUGGAACAAUUUGUAUAAUAGGAUGCAGGCUAGCUUAAGGGCAAGUUGACACAUUGUCCAAGCCGAGGUCCAAGCUUUCACCUCCACCCCAUAUUGUUUACAGCAACAUAUGACCCCCCUUAACAAGCACCCUCAAAAGUCCCCAUUGAAACAACCAUCUCUCCCCAGGAUGAAUUAAUUGAUCCCUAUUAAUAUCUGCAUUCCCAAUUUGUGUCCCACCAAAUUGUCAAAAAAUAAUGUUAUUUUGGUAGUUACAUGUUUCAAGGUAGUUACAGUUUGACUACGUCACAGGCAUUCUUUGUGGGUGAUGUCAAUAAACUUGGCAUCUAGUGUUGUAAUCUUUUAAUAGCACCCUCACAUUCACCCUCACCCCCACAACAAACACCUGUGAGUUAGUCAAAUUGUUUCAAACAUGAAUCACCUGGUAAUCUAUCUUAUAUAGUAGAAUUAACCAAAAAUUUGAGAGAUCUGUUUCAGCCUUUGAGGUCAUGGUAAACAUGAAUCAAUUGCUGACACCAUAACUCAAACACCAUCACAAAGUCUACAUACUUUGGCCUCGAGUUUAGCUUUUUGGUGCAUUUCUACCACUUGACCAUUUGCAACAAAGUUUCACAUAAUUGAAACAAAAUUAAUAAAUUCUGCAAUCGCUAUUUUUAUUGCAGUAGUGGUAACCCCUCUGGUGGUAGGGCCUGAACUUCAGGUUACUCUGGUGGUAACCUGCAGGAUCAAAAUGAAAUUUUAUUAACCAAUCCAGUUGCAGAAUUAAUGACCAAUAAAAACAUAGAGAAAGACCCUUUUUUUAACCAAUCCAAAGUCUUCUAUCUUAUCCAAUCAAAAUUAUGUCUUUGCUGUCUUCGUAGACGUACGGCCCUUAUGAUUUUAUAAAUUUCCGGGAGCAAAUUCGGAUGGCAAAUCAUUUAUAUCUCGCUGUAGAAGGGUUUACAUUGAAAGUUCGAAGAUACUAAAAUGUCAGGUCGUGGUAAAGGAGGCAAAGGUCUAGGAAAGGGAGGCGCCAAGCGUCAUCGUAAAAUCUUACGAGACAACAUCCAGGGAAUCACAAAGCCCGCCAUUCGUCGUCUCGCUCGUCGUGGUGGUGUCAAACGUAUCUCUGGUUUGAUCUAUGAAGAAACUCGCGGUGUUCUCAAAGUUUUCCUCGAGAAUGUGAUCCGUGAUGCCGUCACCUACACCGAGCACGCCAAGAGAAAGACCGUCACUGCCAUGGAUGUUGUCUACGCCUUGAAACGACAAGGACGAACCCUCUACGGCUUUGGUGGAUAAACUGGACAUUGAAAGAACAAGACAAAUACAAAAAAACGGCUCUUUUAAGAGCCACCAAAUCUUUCAAAAAGAAUAUGAAUGAAUUUUCGUAGUUCGUACUAAAUACAUUCUAUAAACCGCCCAAAUAGCUUGUGGGUUUGGUAUUUGUGAACCAUCCGACCUUGUUUACAAGUAAAUUGAGCACAUUUUCCGCCCUAUUUACAUGUAUAUUUAUCCGUUCCUUGUGUGAUAUUUUUGUUUGAAUAGAAGUUUUAUCUUGCUUGCAUAUAUAAUCCUACCCUGUCGUAGACCAAAGACACUACAAUCUAUCCUGUGAAAGUUUUUCUGAUUACCUAGGGUAAAUUUAGAUUACUUCCUAGGCAGAUCACUAUUAAGAUUUGAUUCCUGGCAGGAAAGUUUGGAAAUUGUGCACCCAAGAUUUAAAAAAUUUGAUAGUAAAUAUAUAGAAAAAGUUUAUUUGUGUGUCUGUCUUGGUUGCAUCACAGAAUAGGAAGUUAUACCAGAAGUGUAACUCUAGUCGUUUCCCUUAUUGUUUGACGUCCACGAAAAUUUUUAACUCGCUCACGUCAGGCCACGCCAUCCUGGCUAGUACAACCGGAAGUUUUUAUCAGGAUUUGGUAGGUACAAAGUGCCGGUUGUACUAGCCAGGAUGGCGUGAUUGAUGACGAAUCGCUUGUUAUGCUUCUGGUAUAACUUCCUAUUCUGUGGUUGCAUGAUGCAAACUUUUCCACUGGGUCAGACUGGACCAGACCUUGACCUGCAGAACUAGUGAUCCAGAAUGACUUAUACUAAUGUCUAAUUUCAUGAAUGACCCCAAAUAAGAUAAAAGCUAUGUACCCAAUGUCCAAUGUCAUGCAAACAAAACAAGGCUACCUACCAUAACUACUAUGCACAGACUACCAUGUGCCCUACUCGUCCAACAUUGACACAUUCUGAUUUCUGAAGGUUAUGACUUUAAAAUUUUGACCCAGAUAAUGUAUGAUCAAAGCACAAUAAAGAUAUCCGUAUAUCCUGCCUACACACAGGUUUUACUAAUAUGUGGUUUUACCUCUAAACUGAUUUCGGUUAAGUAUUUUACAUUGCACUACACCUGGUGGUCAACCAGGGUCAUGCAGGAUUUUCCCACCAGGGGCAGUAAUACAAGUAUCCAAAUAUUGUAUAACUAAUAUUGUGUAUUACACAAUAUUGUGUAUUACUGCCCCUGAUGGGAAAUCCUGCAUAUGGUUCUGGUCGACCAGGUGCCAUGUGUAGUGCAAUGUAAAAUACUUAACUGAAAUCACUGUAUGGCCCAAGUGGUCAACAUUAAACUCAAUGUAGUGAACAAUUCAAUAAAAUGUGUAUGCUUUUACAGUUGACAGCCAUGUGCUGCACUGACUUGUCUGGGUGGAAAAAUUUCUCAAAAAAAACCCAGCUGCUGCUACACAUGUCGUGGUUGCUUCCCCAACAAUGUUAAAUCGUUCAUGAGGAUAAAUGGUUAUGUUUUAUUUCUUUACAGUAUAUGAAUCUCGAUAAUAUUAAUAAUCUCACUUCGCUCACAAUUCUGUCGAGUUCUACAAUUUUCUCUCCUCCCAUCUUUUCCAGCUAAAACGGCCACAUGAUAUUCAUGCACUUAUCUAUAUACCAACACAACAGAAUAUCUAUAAGUUUCCGACACACAGGUGACUUAUAUUCUCUUUCCCUUGGUGAAGUUACAAAUAAGACCACUGAAUGUUUCUAAAUUGCCACAUUUUCACAUAAACAACAAAUUCAGGACAACAUUUUUUGCUACAGUCCCCUACUCCCCCCCCCCCCCCCCCCCCCCCCCCCCCCCCCACCCAACACAACCAUGUAUGGAAUGUUAAUGGUAAUUAUUUUGGUAAUAAUGGGUCGGCAAACAAACGCAUUGCAAUGUAAACUCAGUCACCAUGACUUGGUCGCCAUAUGAACGACGCUUAAAGGGCAAAUACUGACCUGCAAAGCUAUUGUAUUAUGGCUGAAAUAACUUAAAAUAACAACACUUUAAUAAAUGGGGAUCUUUGGAAAUAAUCCUUUAUACAGUUUGGUGAUAUAUUUAUAAUAGUAGGAAAAAAUACCAAACAUGUCUUCGCCAACAGCGAGCUCGCGAAAUGCUGAAACAUUGAAGAAAUUUCAACGAGACGUUUCAAGAUUGUUGACCGACAGAGACAGAGAUUAUCUACACGAUGUCUUAAAAGACUUCCAUGCAGGGAGAUCGGUCGAACACUUGGUUACUAGUUUAAAAUCAUGUCUUGAUACCCCAAAGAAAAUGGACUUACUUGCUGACAUUCGUAACCUGCUACCACCAAGUUACAGAAGCCGCUUUGACAAUUUAGCACCUUACAAUUUAAUGUCAAAGCCUUUUCGUCCUCCUAGUCAAACAACUAUACACAAAACACAUAGCACAAAUUCGCUAAAAACGAAAACAAACGAGAGCUUUCGUGUGGUAAACUUACAAAAGCCUGCGCCGGAUUCCACUUUGGGAUUCUCAAUUCGCGGUGGGCGCGAGUUCGGUACGGGUGUUUAUAUUUCUAACGUAGAUGAAAAUACUAUGGCUCUUAAAGAAGGAUUACAAGUUGGAGAUCAAGUUAUUGAAUGUAACGGCAUUGAUUUUGAAAACAUAACACAUAGUUCGGCUGUAAAGUUAUUGUCGGGUAUAAGCAAAGUUAAGUUAGUGGUAAAGUCGGAAGGCAGGGUACCAGAGUUUAAUGAAAUCAAAGCUGGCUUUUCAUGGUAAGUUUUGAGUGUUGUUUACAUUAGCUUCAGUUCAAUAAAGAUGCUUCAGCUCAUGUUUAUCUAAGAAUUAGCUCUGGUUUGUUACAGUUGUUACUUUUUAUACAAUAGUUGUGGGACCGAGGGGGUGACCACCCCCAAUAUUUUCUUAUUGGCUUCACUUUUCUCAUAUGCUGAAUGACUGAAGUUCUUGGUCCAGAUAUAUACAGAGCUCACUGGGUUAUAUGAACAUAUGUCAUAUGAUUUGCAAUCAUCAACUGAAGAUAUUAUAAAAUAAUAUACGUAUGUGACAUCUAUGUAUCUUUUACAGGGUAGAUAGUCAUGGUUUGCCAGUUGAAGAUGUUUUCAAUGGUAGUGACAAUAGUGAUAAGGUAGGGUCAACUACAGAGCUUUUGGGCACAUCAUGUUAAUCCCAUAGAAAAUCAAAACCAGCCAUAUAUGCUAACACCUGAUGUCUGGUCUUUGGGGGUCUCUGAAGGUUCAAAGCUAAUGCAGCAUGUCAAAUAGAAGUGGUUAAUUAGUGAAAAAAUCCUUAUAAUUUCUUCAACUUCUAGGCAAGUAGUGAGCAUCAUAGUCUGGAAUUUCAACCUAACAUCAAUCUUCUCAAUAGCAUGGAUGAGAAAAGGAUAAAUUUCACAAUAGAUUUAAUCAACAACAGCUUUAUUGGAUUCAAUCUACGAGGUGGUAAUGAGUACAGACUUGGGAUUUAUGUCUCAAAGUGAGUAACGCUUGCACACACGAUUACCAUUAUUGGUAAGAUCGCUAACAACAUUGUUAUCACCAUCACUAACAUCAUCAUCUCUAUUAUGAUCACCAUGACCAUCAGAUUCACUACCAUCACCAUCUCCAUUAUGAUCACCACGACCAUCAUGAUCACUACGACCAUCAUGAUCACUACCAUCUCCAUUAUGAUCACCACAACCAUUAUCGAUCAUCACCAUCUCCAUUAUGAUCACCAUGACCAUCAUGAUCACUCCCAUCUCCAUUAUGAUCACCACAACCAUCAUGAUCACUACCAUCACCAUCUCCAUUAUGAUCACCACGACGAUCAUCACCAUCUCCAUUAUGAUCACCACAACCAUCAUCACCACUACCAUCAUCUCCAUUAUGAUCACCACGACCAUCAUGAUCACUAACAUCACCAUCUCCAUUAUGAUCACCACGACCAUCAUCUAUCAUCACCAUCUCCAUUAUGAUCACCACGACCAUCAUGAUCACUAACAUCACCAUCUCCAUUAUAAUCACCACGACCAUCAUCACCACUACUAUCACCAUCUCCAUUAUGAUCACCACGACCAUCAUGAUCACUAACAUCACCAUCUCCAUUAUGAUCACCACAACCAUCAUCACCACUACCAUCACCAUACAUUGUCACCUUUCUCAUCAUUGUGAUUACCAUCACUGAUAGUCAAUCAUCACAAUCAUUAUCACCAUUUAUGAUUACCAUUUUAAAACUAACAGCCUUGAUCAUUCAAUGUUUUAGAGUUGACAGAGAAUCUGUUGCUGAACAGGCAGGACUGCAAGUUGGUGAUCUCAUACUGGAUGUUAAUGGUACAAGUUUUGAAAGUAUUCCUCAUCAAGAAGCUGUUGACUUUGUUAAAUCACAGGAACACAUUAUAAUGACAGUGAAGGUACAUAUGACUGCAGUUAGUGAGAUGUCAAAAUAUGUGAGGUCCACCAAACAUUAUCAUGCAGCAAAUGAUGAUCAAUAUUCAAUCAGCACUGCAAUGCUUACUGAAACCUGUCAAUUAUUUUUAACUUUAGUCAGUUGGAAUAUUACCUGCAGCAAAAUUAUUUUAUUCAGAUGUCAGUUGGAUAUAUCCAGAUGGAACAAAGGCAAAUGGUAAAUACAAUUAUAUUAAUAUACACUGGCAUUUAUUAAAUAAAAUUCAUUUAUAAUUAUUUAAUUUUUAUUCCACUAAGUGAUAAUCUCACAUGUGACAAAUAUUGCUGACUUAGCAUUGUAACGGUUGUAUAGUUUAACAAUAUUUUCCAAAGUAUUAGACUAUUAGGACAGUUUUUUUAUAUAAGAGCAUAACAAUAUUGUACUUGAAAUGAAACUGCACAUUCUUUUCCUACAGUUUCCCAUGAAACGAUGCAAGAUAUGUUAUCACUUCCUGUUCCAGAUCUAAGUUUCCAAGAGGUGUUACGCAGAGACUCCAGUGUUCAAGUAGAUUUGAUGGAGCGCGGUCCAUCUCCAGCUCUCUCGAGAUCAGAUAUUGGUAUUCAGGCAGAUGCCCCUGAGAGAGAUAUACAAAUUCAGGGUGAGUGACAUGUACGGUACUCUUCAAAAACAACACUCCGUUGGCGUUCUAAUGACGUUCCGAACGAACGCAAAUGGAAUGCAAUUGGAACGCAUUUGAAACAAGGAACGCAAUUGGAAGCCAUUAGAACGCAAAUGACAUGCAAUUUGGAACACGUUUAGAACAAGGAACACAAUCAAGAACGCGUUCCAGACUCAUUCCCUUCUAGCUAGGUUAUUGUUGAGCAGUACUCUGAGUAGCUUCAUGUUUUCAUGAGGCUGGACAUACUUCGAAAUUACUUACCGAUACGUGUUUGUGUUAGGUAUGAUAUUGUUUUAUGGUCAUUUUUUCUGCAUGGUUAAAUGUUUUUGUGCUAAUGUUCCAAAAUAUACAUAACCAGGGAUUACAAAUACCCAAGAAAGGUAAAAGCCUGUGUGUAAAAUAUUUCCUGGUCCUUCAAAGUGAAACGGUUUUCCUCUUAGUAAAUUCAUAACACCAGAGCGCCAAUCCAUUCUGGAAUGGGCCAGUCAAUACACGUAAAUACAUGUGCUAGACUACUAGUAAAUUAUUGUGUUAAUUUAUCUCCCUGCCCAAACAUUGGGGGGAUGAAUCCCACAAGAUUGACGUGAAUGUAUGGUAAUUUUUGGGUAUUUGGAGAAUGGGAUUGACAGUUGUGUUAACCUCUGCAGGGAAGCAUUUGUGGCCAUGGUAGAUAAAUCCAAUGCCUAGAUGGUAUACUGUGGAUUUCUUUAUUAAUAAAUUAAAUGAAUAGUUUCAGAGCCGGUGUUUUCGUCAACACCUGCACCAAUACCACCGGAAGAACAACCCACUAGAACUCAACAAGAGACUGGUGCCAUCCAAGCUGACCCGCGCCAGGUCCCUGAACCUAGUCCGUAUGACGUCAUACAGUCUGUCAGUCCUUACGUCACCAGCCUCAAUACGAAGACGGCCAAACUGAAGAGUGGCGAUAAUGGAUCAACCGGUAGUGUGAACGAGCGUAGUUCCAACGGAAGUGGCGUAAGCAGUGAAGACUUUCUCAGUCGACCAAGUGACAAUGAGGAUGGACCAAACAAUAGAAAACGAAAAGUUAAGAAAUCCAAGUCGUUCUUGCAGAAACAAGGAGACAAAAUCAAAGCAAAGUUGAGCUUUAGGAAGAAAGGCGAUCAAAAGCAUAAAGUUCGCAAGAAAGGUAUUAGUGUCUGUUAAUUUGAAAUCCGACUACCUUCCAGUGGAAAACGAGUUAUCUCAGAAUGUAUUCUCAAAUUUAAAACAUCGUUUUUGGUAAGGUUUUGAAAGGUGAAAUGCUUUGUCUAAUUGUGUUUCAGGUGACAAAGAAAUGAUGAGUCAUGUUGACAACAGAUGCAAGAAUCUUUUGGAUGACAAUGAUUAUAAUACUGUGAUGAUGCAAAUAAGAAUGGUAAGCUAAAGUUCUCAUCUAGACCACAAAACGCAAUAGAACUUAGGCAUUGGUGGGGCAGGUGGGUUUCCCUUAGCACUCAGUAUCGUGCAGCAGAUUAUCUGGAUGAGGAAAUAAUGUUUAUUCUUUUUGUUAUGUCUAUUAUACAGCAGUUGUCUUGUCUAUAAUCAAUUAAUUUAUUUCAGUAUAAAGAUCAAGAGGAGGAUGUUGAAGGACUUGUGAAUAAUUUGCUGCUAACACUUGACUCGCCAAGGAAGGCCAUUCUGCUCAGAGAUAUCAGGUAUACUUUGUUAGUCAUCUCUCUUCUUUAUUUGAUAAAUAAAUUGGGAACUAUUGCUUUUCUAUCGCAACGCGUCCAAGCUGAAAGCUUUAGCUUAGCUUACGCAUCUUUACAUGUGGGGGUUGAAGGCCGGGAUAGAGCUUUAGGCCAGGAGUAGCACUACGGAUAAAAAUUUCUAGUUCCUGGCUUUUUUCAGAGCGAUUAUUCUUCCUUACGAUGUUGGACGAUUUGAUGCGAUGAUUUCAAAUCGUGAAGUAGAAGCGUUAGAGUUUUACGGCAACAAAGCACCAGGUACUGUUCGACAGUAUAUAUUUGCUUUUCUGUAACGGGAUCAAGUUGCUUUUCUCUGUCAUAUAGCUCUCGCGUUACGGUUGCACUAGGGCUUGGUCUACUUAUUUUCUAUCUCAUUUUGUUAGCCUCUCCUGUCCUUGACGACAACGCAAUCACUGCGAAACCGAAGAAAACUAUAGUUGAAGCUGUACAAGGUAGGUGGUCGUCAAUGUCAGACUCUUGUAUGGUAUAGAUAUAUUGUGUGGUUUGAUAUGAUAUGGUAUGGUAUGGUAUGGUAUGAUAUGGUAACUAAUAUAAAUCAUGGUGUGGCUUGGCAUGAUAUGGAAUUGUAUUGUAUUGCAUAGUAUGGUGUGGUAAAGUGUAGUACUAGUAUGGUAAGGUUUGGUAUGGUAUGGUAUGGUAUGGUAUGACAUGGUGUGCUGUGAUAUGGUGUGGUGUGAUAUGGUGUGGUGUAGUGCAGUAAGGUAUUGUGUAGUUUGGGAAUGAUUGAAUUGGAUUGAAUUGGUAUGACUUGGUAUAGUAUGGCAAGGGGUGGUAUGGUAUAGUAUAGCAUGUUGAGGAAUAGUAAUGGAUGGUAUAGUGAUAUGGUGCACUAAGUUAUGGUGUGGUAUGUUAUGAUAUGAUGUGGUGUUAUGUUCUGUAGUAAGGUAUAGUACUGUAUGGUAUGGCGUGGUAUAAAACACCGGUAGGAUGGGAUGAUAUGUUCUCGUUUGGUGCAAUUCUAUGGUACGGAGGUAUGGUAUAGUAUUGUAUAUAAAGGUGAAGGGAGAUCUUUCUUUUCCUAACUUCAGACAGUCAUGGUAACUUCCAGUUACGAACUCGAAGCGAGGCUGAACAAAUCAAGAAAACACGAGAAGAAUUAAAGAAAGAACGGCUUGCUUUGAAAGUCCAAGGUUCUUCUAUCUUGGAACGAGAGGCUAAAAAAACCGGACAAGACAGGACCUCGUGGUCAAAUGAAAAUACAAAUAACAAUAUUGAGAUGGGACCUAUGAUACAAGGUAAUAUGAGCGCUUGCUUUCAUGACUAAAGUAGUAAAGGUAAAGAUGCUAAUAAAAGAUUCAGAUUUGACUACCGCUACCACUAGCGGAUCAUUAGCCAAUCAGAUGUGUUUGAUAUAUCAGACGGUAGUGGAAGUCAAAUUUGGCCCUCUCUAAUCUUCCAUUGCCGCCGAGAGCUAACUUGUGAAGGACGCAUCUCAAGCACAGUUAAGGUCGAACGGUUAGCUUUUGGUGAGAAAGGAAAACCGUUCGUACGUGGAGAAAAAACCCGUGAGGCACACAAAAAAGCCAGCCACAACUCUGCUUGCUUGCGUUUCCAAGCACACCAAAUCAGAACAACAUAGUCACCCGCCAAGUAGCAAGGCUAAAUCAAAACUGCGACCGAAACUACCAGCUGACUAUCAAUGCUACAACCAAAACAACACAUACUUCAUAACAACAACAUAACAAUACAAACUUCAGUUUUGCUGCGAAUAUUCUAGCUUUCAAUCUUUCAUUCAGUUAUCGAUACCUCCAGUGAUUCCCCCCACCUCAGCACCUUUGGCGUGCCAUCACCUCCUCCGCCUCCUUUGCCCCCAGACCUCCCAGCCGUAGAGGUCCACGACACGUCAUUCACAAACCAAGCAAGCAAUUCAGAGUUGGGAAAUUUCCUGACAGUGCCUGACCGAGUUUCUGUUGAAUAUAAGGAGGAAAUCAAGGAUCAAGAACUCACUUUUGAUUUGCCAAAGAUACGCACAAGCAUGGGUAGGUGGUUAGAUUUAUAAUAAACUGCUGUGGUGUGGGUCUGAACUACAGGAAGCAGGAAUUUUAAAAUAGACCCCGAAUUGUAAAUUUUGAGGGAAAGCCUUCGUCAAGUACAUGCUUAGGUUUAUUAUUGCUAUCUGUUUGCGACCUAUAAUCAUGUGUGUGGGUACGGGAGUUGCCGUCCGCAAAAUAUGUUAAAAACAUCAUUUAUGACAUUUUCCCAAGGUUACAAAUUUCUUGGGUUUUUUUCACCUAUUAAAAUACGUGUCGUGCUUCCCUUUCAUCAUUUGCCCCAUUUUUACCAGCCAUUCGCCCCCACCCUCGCCUAUUAAGAUAUCAUUCUCGCCCUCCUAGGCAUCAGUAUCUCUGGUGGCAGCGCUUCUCGUGCCCAACCCGAGAUCCGUAUUGAGAAAGUCUUUCCUGGUGGAGCUGCUGAUGAUGAUGGUACAUUACAGGUAAAAGAAUAGAAAUUAGAAUCACAUGUCGCUUGCACUGUUUAACAUUCAUUUCCUGGAGUACAUUGAUUUACUUAAACCAGAGCUCAUGUCCCAGCAACCUUUACGAAGAAAGUCAGUAUCGGUUUGAGCGGAAGAUUUGUCACUUUUACUGUUCCACUAAAAUUUUAUCUUUUUAUUCAAAUUGUUUAGCCUGGUUGGGAACUUAUCUCAAUCGACGGAGAAAGUUUGCAAGGUGUUAGUCAUUCUGAAGCUGUGGAUAUCGUAAGAAGAGCUUAUAAUGAUAAAUCAAAAAGUGUUAUGCAUAUAGUCUGUGUACCCACCUAAAUGUCGUCCAUGCAUAUUGUUUGUGCACCCAACUAAAUGUACAAAGAUCUUUACUUUGCUUUUUACCUAUACAAGCUAGUUCUACUAAGUAAAGACACGACAUUGGGAACGAAUAAACGGAGAGGGAAAUGGGAGGAAAAGAAGACGCUGGAGGGGGGGUGAGAAAACUACCACGCUUUGAUAGACGUUAGGCGGAACCGAAAAAGGGCAAGGAAUUAGGGAUUUCGCUAUCCAUACAUUCAUCAUAACAUUUUGGUUAAUCAUAGCACAGGUAAUCCAGAACACAUUUAAUAUUGUUGGUCAUACACAUUAAACUCUUAGCCAGAUUACGAAAUUUCUAUUUUAUUUGUACAUAUAUACUAAUUGGCUUUUUAUCUGUAUCUAUAUAUAAUUUAUUUUUGGGCUAAUAUAUGCUUUUUAUAUAUUAUUAAACUAUAUCAAAGCGUAAAAAAUAUUAUACAGUCGGUUUCCACUCUCUUCCACAGAGUCGGGGUUAUAGGGGACGUCCUGGGUCACAUGGAGAUAAUAGUAGCUCGCCUGGGAAUUACUGGAAAGAACUGAGAGUGAAAUACGGGCAGUGA